GGAGUGGCCGGAAGAGGCCCCGUGUGGGAGUGUCACAGGGUGCCAGAGUGAACGCCCGUUGUAUGCGGCUUUCUACACAGCGCUGAACCGCAGGCUACCGAGACCAACUGAACGGUGACAGGCCCGUUAUUAUACCCGCUUUAUUCUCACUUUGUACCGGCUGUUCGCGUGUGUGGAGACCGGAGCCAUGGCUAGCCGCUUUCUGUGGUCCCUCUGCCUGCUGCUGGCGCUGCUGUUGCCGCUCGGAGUCCUUUCUCAAGGCUUUGACCUGGCCGACGCUCUGGAUGAUGGCAGUGAACCAGCGACCCCUUCACCAAAGCCAGCGAAGCCAGCAGCCCCAGCUGGAGGAACUGGAGGAGACAUUAAACUGGAGGACUUACAAGAUCUCGAUGGCACCACCACCACCACCAAAGCCCCGCCCAAGGUCGUGCCCAAAGUUUCCACAGGUACCAAGGCCCCAGUGAAGCCUAAACCCAAGCCAGCUGCGGAUGACUUUGACCUGGGUGAUGCCUUGGACCCCAACAAUGACAUUGGUGGCAAGGAUAAAAACAAGGGGCAGGGAGGUGGAUUUUCUGACGACGAUCUGUUCGAUGUCGGCAAAGACAAUACCUACAAACCUGACAAAGGCAAAGGUGGGCGUCCCAGUGGUGACAAAGAUCAAAUAAACCAGUAUGACGACAACACUGAGACCACAGCAGAAGUGGGCACCAUUGCAGGGAUCGUUAGUGCGGUUGCUAUGGCGCUGGUGGGCGCAAUCAGCAGCUACAUUUCCUACCAGAAGAAGAAGCUGUGCUUCGGUUUACAACAGAGCCUGAAUACUGACAUGGUGAAAGCUGAGAACCCUGAGGCAGUGGUGGCUACAGAACCUCAAGUCCAACAGACUCUCCUGGAGCCACCCAAUGCUGAACCACCCACUGAAGAGAAUGCUGUGUAGUGUAACACACUCACACACAGGUCACCAACCAACAUCUGCUCUUUCCCAAACAUUCCCCACAUAAGCCCCCUGCACACACACACACACACACACACACACACACACACACACCAUUGUGUAGCAUGUCCUGGUUGAUCUUGCAGCUCUGUGCUGUAAACAUUGGGAUUUGUAGUCCUUUUGCACAGAUUCUUUUUAAAUUCUCAGCUGUAAACAUGACCAACAGUGUAUCGAACCUUGCUAAAUGUACGUAUAUAUACUGUAGUUAUUUAUUUUUUACGGUUCGAACACCACUGACAAUGUUGGUCUUCAUUCCGUAAUCCAGCCUUCAGCAUGUACUCAGAGUUGAGUUGUAGCAUUCUGCUGAGCUCCAAACACAGGGAAGUUGGAAUACUGGAAAAGAAAAUAGUGGUUAGUCUUAUUAUACAUUGGAGAAAGAAACUCUUCUGAGCUUCUCUGGGUGUGUGUCGAGCUUCUUUGAGUUCACAGGGAGUCACUGUAGUGAGCUGGAUUUCGAGCGGGUUAAGUUUACAGAUUGAUUUGAUUUAAUUUUAGGACACUGAUUUGUGACUUGAUUGUGGCAUGAUUAGAGCUGAAUUGUAUGUGAACCAGGGAGUGCUGUGAGACACCGCCCAGUCUUCUCUUCUUUUUUUCUCCAGAAUAAUGAAAGUCGUGUUCCAGCUAUCAGCAAUAUCUCAUUUCCUGACUUUGAAUGGAAUUUAGCAGUUUCCCCCUUUUGACACAUACCUGAUGACUUGUAGAUGUCACUUUUGUUGAUGCAGUGAAAUCAAAUGUAAACUGUAACAACACUGUACAGAAUCACAGAAGAGUGAAAUGAAGAACAUUUGACAAUAUUCCCCAGAUUUCGAUUCAAAGCCUUGUAGCAACUUUUAAUGUAAUCAUUUCUGAAAUGUGGUGAUAAAAUGUGUUAAAUGGUCAGAUUAGGUAGUCAACCAUUAUCACAGUUACCUCAUAGAGGCAAGUAACACUAAGGGCAAAGCUUGGACUCAGAAAUCAGGUUACGUCAUGUAACUAAAAAGGAUUCGGAGAGCACCGGCCUCCGCCUAGGCCUUUCCCAUCAGUGAAUUAAAUUGCAUGUAUUGGCCCUGUGAUUCAGAUCCGUUGUUUCUUCUCCAAACUUCAUGAAAAUCAGCCCGGUACUUUUUCUGCUGACAAACUUGGCAGACUAACAAUGUGAGUUUCUCUUAUUCCUACAUGUGACUUUAUAAUUUAAUUUAUUUUAUUUUCAGUUGACUUUAUUAUCAUUAUGAGGUUAAAAUCUGUGAUUCUGAUUAUAAUGUUAUCAAUAACCAUUAUUAAUUGAAGUUUCCCCAAGAGGUUUAAUUACAUUUUGACCCGCUUGGAAAAUGUAUACGGUCCUUAAAUGGGCUCCACAUUUAGUCCAUGAGUGGGACAUACCUUAUAGAACUGGACUUACUGCAGGUAGCUACUGUUUACAUCAUGUGACAGUUGCAUCAUUAGUUGCUACAUGUUGCCUCAUGUACACCCUCAUGUUGUCCAUCUUCAUGUACAAAGUUGCCUUAUUCAGAUUUGGAUCUUUUUGCAGUGGGGAAAAAAUAAGGCGUCCAAACAUUUGUUUCUACUUACAACCUGUGACUUUUUAUAGUGUAAAUAUUCUUUUUUUUUCUUCUUUUUUUUAUGAAAAUGCCUAAUUAAGGAAGCCUGGCUUGGUUUUUAAAAAGUGAUGUUGAAAUAGUUGUGAUUAGAGUAGUUAAGUCAAGGAAUAACGGGGAUGGGAAAGAAAAAAAAAACUAACAUGUAGCAUAAAAACGAUGCUAGCGAACUCAGUUCCACUGCAGCUUAAAGAUGCACAGCACUUACUUCUCGCUCUCGGUUCAUUUGAAAAGAGAUUUUUUUUCAGUGGGAAGCUGUUUAAAAAAGAGAAAACCUCAACUCUGUUCGGCAAAAAGCUGUGACAAAGCUCUUGGACAGGCAAAUAAAUGUGUGAAAUGUGACUUUGUGUUGAAGAUACAAAUGCUACAUUCAGAAGCUAAUAUUGUUUGUGCUAUGUGUUAAUGUCUUGGCACUGAGGUUCUAGUGUGUGCAGAAUAAUUCUAAAAUGUGUCUUUAUCCACGGUGGCCAUUUUACAUUUACAUUAUUGUGAUACGGGGAAGUAGCAUUAUGCUAAGAUGUAUAAAAGUAGCACAACUCAAAACACAAAAGCGAAAGAGAGCCUAGACGGCUAUUGGCCCUAGCAUAAAUUGCUAAUAACAAUUUAAAGGAAUCCUUUGGAGUUUUCCUGUUAAGAAAUGUGUAUCUAUCCUUGAGCCAUUACAUACACGAUAAAUGCAUUUACUUCCAUGUAACAUAUAAGCUAGUUGAGCCGGCACAUUGCUACAUUUCUUGACCACCAACGUUGAUUAGUGGAUUAGCACGAAGCCGUUAGCCGGAAUGUGAAGCGCAUAAUCAGCAUAUAAGGUAUGCAAACAAAACAGGGACAUGCUACUACAAAGCAUUGCUACAGCACAACUGUAGUCAAAAGCUCCACUGGAGACCCGCUCCAGUUACGCUCCUAAUGAUAGGUAUUCAACUGUAUAUACAUACCUUUCACUAGGAGAGUAACAUUAGAAAAACUGGUUCGGAAUCCGGAAAAAGCAUCACAAGUUUUGCCCAACUUAUUGCAAUUACAAUUAUCACCUCAGUAUGCUUCAACCACACCGGUUUGUAAUGAGGUGGAAAAACAAAAGUGGUCAUACAUGUUGCACCUGAUGGCUGCAUCCCACUGGCCAAUCACUGCGUACAGUGGCAAUGAUUGACAGUCACCAACUCCGUGAUUCCGCCGUCUGAAAAAGGGCGAAUGCAAAGCAGAUUUUUACUUGCAUGAACGCGGUCACUGGAGUGUUUUUUGGUGUAUUUUGCAACUCACAAAUGUUUUUCCUGAACAGCGAAUUAGAGUUUCCCAAAUUUGUCGCUGAAGUUGAACCAUUUAAACUAACGCAUUCAUUCAUUGCAUUUGGAUGUAAUCGUUCCGCUUCGCGUUCGGUCCGAACACAUUGUUAGAGGAUCAGACAAAUGUGUUUGUUUGAAGCAUGCAGAACCUUUAAUGGACUUCAAAAUGGCCACAAUGGAACAAGAUUUGAGUUGUUUGAGAAAGAUGAAGUCAGAGGAGAGUUUGAAUCAGUUGGCACAAAAACAUUAAAAACUAGAAGUCUGCUUUAGCCGCCGCGUAGAUGAAGUUAGUAGCAGUAGUUAGCUUUAGAAUCUUUAAUAGUGUCAUGAUGAGUGCUUUUUUUGUGAUGGUUGUACAUAUUACUGUGAGCAUUUCUGUCUUUGGACUAUUAGCAAUGUGUAAGAGAGCAUAUUUAAGCUCCAUAUUAUACUCUUUAGUGUGUGUGUGUGUGUGUUUACACUCUCCGCCUGCUCUUUUUACACUUUGUACCUGACUUUGCUAAUAACGGAACUUAACUUUUUGUAGAUAGUUUUACUGCUUCUUUGUUCUGUGCUGCCAACGCUUUGUUGUUUGCCUGAAGAUGUCUCGAGAUCGGAAAUCACUCACCGUUUUUCUAUACCGUCUGACAUUUAGUCUGUCUGUCGUUUUAUAGCACCGCUCAGAAUCUCUGGUGACAAUUAUUGAACCCUAUGUGGGGGACUUGAGGUAUCCCACAAUGCCUCAUGCCUCAUUUCCACUGCGCGGUUCGGCCCGACUCGCUUUUGGUACCACGUCCUUAUCUUAUUGCCAUUUGUAAAAAUCUGGGUCUAGUGAAUUUCAGAAAUAUCAAUCGCUAUUAAUGCAGGAUGUCCCACAUCACACUAGUGACGAUUCUUCCCGACCAAUCAGAGGUCUGCAGUGCUUUAACACCACCCUUUAGUAUCGGCUCGGCUCACAUGGAACCUCGACCGAGGUGGCACCCAAAAAAAGGUACCAGUGACCAAUCCACAACUUUUGCCAAUUGAGAACCAAAACAGAGCGAGUCGAGUAGAGCCGUACCAUGCAGUGUAAAUGUGGCAGUAGAGAAUAAUGCUGCGUUCACGUCGCGGGUUAUGGAAGCUAGCUACGGUCGGGUUUUACUAACUUGAGAACCUUCCCUCUAACAGACAACAAAAGGACAACCCUCUGUUUGGGUCACAGCACUCUAUCCAAGUUGUGUUCGUCUUGUUUUGCCUGACCGGAGGCAUCUUCCAAGUCCGAUAUUUCCGCUAACCGUUUCCCAGUCACAAUUACGACGUGGGCGCUCUGCUUGACUCUUGCGCCGGUCUUUACGAUUUCCACAGUUGUCAUUUCAGAUCGUGCUUGAACACGCGUGCCUCUUGAACCGCUCACGGUUCCUUGGCGGCGAUCGGCUGGUCGAUCCUCAAUUAACACGUCUUUAAAAACUGCCAACCAGACGGCGAUGUAUUUCUGUAAUGUCCAGAAUAAAGACCAGUAGAAUACCACGUGUGGCGUGGACGUGGCAUUAGCUGUGAUGGGCAAUGAUCUGAGUGGUGUCUGAUAGAAUAGUCUGUAUCUACACGGAGGUGAAUGCAGUAUGUGUUGUAUGAGCUGUGAAUAGCGUUGGCGGUGUGUUCCGUAUCUGACAGGAUGCAGCAGUCCCGCAUGAAUACCACACCCCGGUCUCCUCCAACGAUGCCUUGGAAAAAAGCUUUGCACCACUCCUCUAAAAGUCCUUAAACACUUUUUUAAAAAACGAUCCGACUCUGGGACUUGAAGUGGUCGGAGAACCGAACUGUGCUUUGGUCGUGCGUGGAUGCCGUCGGCUGUAAUUCAAAUGGUGCUUCUCUCUCUGCCUUACACCCUGAGCUACACCCCGCCCCGUACCCACACCGACCAACAGCCGUCCGGUCGAGCUCGGGCCCGCAGAGAGCCGAUCUCCACUCAAAACUACAAACCUUUCCGUUUACUGAAUGUAUCACGUGUCUGAAUGCGACACGGAGAAAAAACUUUCAGCUGUAGCAAAAACUUUCAGCUGUAGCAAAAACAUUCAGCUGUAGCAAAAACUGCAAAUUCACCAAAGAUGUUGCAUGAAUUGAGAUUGGCUUUGCCAGUAUGCAUUGGGACUGAACGAAAAAAAUAAGGUUUUGGAAUAAUCGAGAAGGAUUGAAUGGGUUUGCUGGGUAGACGAGGAUUUGAUAGAUCAGAGUACGGAUGAUAAAUAAUGUGUCCCGACCUGCACACCGAUCACUUAGAAACACGACGCCGGGGUUAUUGACACUGGACGUUGAUGAUUCAGUGUUGAUCCACGAUGCAGAGGAGCUGGUUACCAGACUGUACAGGACACGAUAUGAUCAACAUCUGUAUGAUCUAUACAGGUGUGCGUAUAAAUAGUCAGCUGUAGCUGUGGAAUGGUGGAGUGAAAGCAAAGGUCCAGAGAAGCAGCUGUUAUGUCACUAAAUAACAGGUCUGUUUUUACAAAGCGUGCUAAACAUACUCAAGGCCGAGAUUUCAGUUCACUUUUUAAAGUCGUCCCAUCCAAUUUCUGAUAAUGCAUUAUAAUAAUGUUAACAUUGCAUUAUUAGGGCUGUCAAAAAAGAAAAUCCAACUUUAGGAAAUCCACACUAACACAUAUCGAUUGCUUACCGUGGCAACAUGAAUGCAACCGUUGAAACCGAGCCUGGCCCGGUUACACCGUUAGCUCGCUUUGUAAAGUGCCUGCGUGGCGUCACAUGUGACGUCGGUCACCGUGUCCCGUGAAGCCGGUCGACAUCCCGGGACCCUCACGCUUUCUGUCAUGGCCCUCGGAGGGGCCGGCUCUACGGAGCCACCUGUCACAUACGACACAGACGCCCGUGCAGCACACUGCUCUCAUACACACACACACACACACACACACACACACACACACUUUGAUGCAUGCUUUUCUCUACAUACACUUUACUCUGUGCGUCUUCCUGACAACUGAAUGUUGGAGUCUUCAUGAAGUGUAACAUUAGAACAUUAGAAGUCUCUGGCAAUGUCACAGGAACUUGUUAUAUGAAGCGAUUCAAUAAAACAUUUC